AUGAGAGAAGAUAAAUUAGCAAAAAGUGGUACACUACGAAAUACUCGCAAUAGUACUUUCCAGAAUUUGUUUGAAGAUCGGCUAAACCGGAUGAGCGGCAAACGGGAUAUAGUACAAGUUACUAUUGAUGCUGAUGAUGCAGGGGCACCCAACGAGAAUAUAGUUCAAAACCACUUAAACAUAAUAUUUUUAAACGUAUUUUAGUAUUUAAACGGUAGAUAUAGACAUAUUUUUAUUCCCUAAAAAUUUUUUAUCUGUUCGGAUUUCCUGGCAGAAAGGCUAAUGAUCCGAAAAUUAUAGGGAUUAAAACUUACCUUUUCGAAAAUUUCAGCCAGAAAAAAGGCUCCCAAAAAUUCUAGGUGACAUUUUUAGGGUAAAAAUCCAUUCAAAAUGGGCAAUUAUACAAUUAUUUAGACGUUCGAAAAUCCUAAGAGAGGCAGGCAAACAAAAAAAUUUUACAACAAAUGUUCCGAAAUUUCUAGAUCUCAAAUCGUCUUCCGAAGAGAUAUUUUCCGAAAAUAGACGUUGGGUGCCCCUAAUGAUGUUGAGAACUGGAAUGGGAAAACUAGAAUGAUAACACCGAAGACUUUUGGCCCAUUCUCAAUGGAAAUGCCCCAAAUGAGUAAUGAUGAUUUAUACAAAUUUAUGGUUUUCACACUGCUCCAACAUGAUUUUAGUGUUUUGUCAACCCAGACAAUUGCUAACAUCGGUGCUAACAUAUUAACACACAAACCAUUAGAGUUCAAAAACAUGAAAGUUGGCGCAUUAAAGCACAACUCAUUUUUCCUUGAUAAGCAGUUUCCAAUA